CACAUUUUUAAUUGUGCAGCUGAAGUGAUGAGGAUGAAAAACUCGGUUGCCAAAACAGACAAAAAACAGAAGAAAGAGCUUGCUAUUAAGAUAUCCGAAAUGGAGGAAAGCUUAAAAAAUCGUCAUGAAUUGGAACUAGCAAAACUGCGGCCAUUUGAAGCAGAAACUUCUGUCAGUUCAGAUUCAAAAAAACAACGUGAACCACAUGUAUCCAAAGCUCAAAAAAGACGCGAGAAAAAACUUGAGCUGUUUAAAAAACGAGAAGAAACUAUAUUACAAACCAAGGCGAAUACGAGGAAUAACCCUAGCAGAAUUGAAAGGGAAGCAAUUGAGAAUUACUUAAGGAAAAGAGGACUCACUUUGCACGAAAUUGUGUCUGAUGGUGAUUGCCUGUAUAGUGCUGUAGCUCAUCAAUUGUCCCUUCGAACAUUAGGAGAAUUUAAAAGUGAAGAUAUUCGGCAAAAAGCAUCUGCGUACAUGCGAAAGCACAAAGAUGAUUUUCUUCCAUUUUUAUUAAAUGAAGAUGGUAAUCCUUUGCAUGAAUUUGAAUUCGAUGAAUACUGUAUGAAAGUAGAAAAAAGUUGCAGAGAUGGCGGAGUAUGGGGUGGAGAACCAGAGCUCCGAGCUAUUUCAUGUGCGUUGGAAUGGCCAGUAGAAGUGAUUCAACAAGAAAAUUGCAUCUUGUGUUUUGGGAAAGAGUUUGACAGCAAGGAACCCCUUCAAAUUGUUUUCCAGCGAUUUGCAUUUGGUCUAGGCGAGCAUUAUAAUUCGACUAUUCCGUAUUCUGCAGAAAAUACAUUAGAAUCAUGA